CUCAACACAUCAGUCCCCUGAAGACGAAUGGAGCCCAUUGAGGAUGCUGCUGUGUCCUCUGUGCGUGUGAGCAGCAGCGCCCUCAGUUCCGCGCGCACCCUCGAGUUGAGGAUGAAGACACAGAACAUCAGGACCCUCUCGCUCGUCCUGUCUAUUGUUUUCUACCUGCUUAUAGGAGCCACCGUCUUUAACGCACUAGAGUCGGAAAGUGAGAGUUCAAGGACAGGAGCACUGGGGCAGAAACUGAACGAGUUGGGGGAAAAGUAUGGCUUCACCGAGGAUGACUACCGGGAGAUCGAGAAAGUGGUGCUCCUGUACGAGCCGCACCGAGCCGGGAGGCAGUGGAAGUUCGCCGGUUCUUUUUACUUUGCCAUCACUGUUAUCACCACGAUUGGUUAUGGCCAUGUUGCUCCUCGCACGGAUGCUGGCAAGACCUUCUGCAUGCUUUAUGCAGUCUUGGGCAUUCCUCUGACACUGAUCAUGUUCCAGAGCCUGGGCGAGAGAAUCAACGCCUUUGUCCGCUACCUCCUGCGCCGAGCCAAGCAGGGCCUGGGCUUACAGAGGACAGAGGUGUCCAUGGGGAACAUGGUCCUGGUAGGUCUGCUGUCCUGCAUGAGCACUCUGUGCAUCGGGGCUCUGACCUUCUCCCAGUUUGAGGACUGGACCUUCUUCAACGCCUACUACUUCUGCUUCAUCACGCUCACCACCAUCGGCUUUGGGGAUUUUGUGGCUCUGCAGAAGAAAGAUGCUCUGGGGGAGCAACCCCCUUAUGUGGCUUUCAGCUUCAUGUACAUUUUGGUUGGGCUAACAGUUAUUGGAGCUUUUCUCAAUCUGGUGGUGUUGAGGUUUCUCACUGUGAGCUCAGAUGAGCCUGAUGUGAGGCCCGAGGCAGGAGGGGAGGAGCAGGGACCACGGUCUAAGGACACACAGGAAGACAGGGAUAUGUUGAACACUGAAGCAGAAACUGCUGAGCUGGGGUACAAAGACAGAGAAGCAGGACAAAAUAGACAUCACAACCUGCCAAUGGAGGGCAGCACCAGCUCCAUGGACCUCCUCCCUUCUGCAGAGGAGCGCAAGCUUAUAUCUGAGCAGAGAGAGCACUCUGAGCUCCCUGCUCCCAACAGACUCACCGCCUUGUUCUCCCGCAUCUGCUGUGGCCCGUACAUCUAUGACAGCCCCCCUACAUCUUAUUGUGAUGAGGACUGCGGCCACAGCAACCCCAUCUUCUACAAUUCCAUCUCCUACAGGGUGGAGCGGGCCUUGUGCAGCUCCUGCACAGUGUCGUCACAGGUCUCUCCCAGCAGUGCAGCUCUGUGCCUGGACAAGGACAAUCCUCACACCCGAAGGAAAUCAAUCUAACUCUGUGAACUCUUGACUCAGAUUCUAAGUGGCUUUUGUUUACCUUUUUUCUCACCACAGAACAGAUAAAA